AUGGAGGGAGCCGAUUCCAAGGACAGACCGGAUUUGGCGCCGAAGAUGUCCAGACUUCCCAGCAAAGACAGGGGUGGCAAGAAGAACAUGAAGGUUGCCGGCAAGUUCGUCCAGGCAUCCACCGAACACCUCGACCGAAAGAGCAGGGUUAGUGACUUCCUGAAAAGCAUCUACCUGGCAAACUUCAUGGCAGCUGUCGUUCUGGUUGAUGCAUACUGUACCUGUGUAGACAUCGAUGCAACAGCUGCCGGUACCCAACCACCGGAGAUCAGCUCGUUGAUUUCCAGCCUCUGCCUGGUGACUUAUACUCUCGAAAUCGCCGCCCUGCUGAGCGUCUUCGGCUUGAGAGCAUCUUUCAGUGACUGGUUCAUGGCUCUGGAUCUUAUCAUCGUGGGCUGCGGCUGGGCAGAGGAGAUCAUCUCCGUCUUUUCGGAUGGAG